UUCGUGAGUAAAUUACGUGAUUAAUUGAGUUUGUUUAAGAUAAGUUAGAUAACACGUGAGUGACACUUUGUACUUAUCAACAGCAACAUAUAUUGUCAGUUACUACCAGGCUAGCAAAGCUCAUUAGCUUUUAACCGGCUGUCAAUACGAGCUGUUCACAUUAGUUACAUAGCAGUGAAGCUAACAUUAGCCCUCUGUCAGUUGCCCUGCUGCCAGCCUGCUCACUUGAAGCGGACAGAUGGAGGAUUGUGUUGUGUAGGAUUUUUUUAACUUUAUUUUAGGACUGGACGAUAAAGUCCAAACAGGCUACCGCAAUAGAAAUGUUUGUAUCAGUAGGAAUCGAUAAUAACCACGACAAAUGUCAGACAUGUAAACCUUUAAUAUUUCUCGAGUGAAAGUAGAGCAACCCAUUACUUCUACUUUCAGAGUAAACGCACUUGUUAAAUAGAGACACAUUUCGGUUAUGAACAUUUCAAAGUCAAAGUGUGUAAUGGAUAAACUUUAAAUCAUAAUUUGUGGAAUAAAAUAUAUUUUUUUCUGCUCUUCGAAAUAAUUAUUGUUACUGAAGUAAUGCCCAGGCGAGCACUGCUUUAUACAUUAUAUAAGAGGUUAUAUUACUCAUUAAGCAGGGAUGUCAUUUUGCUUCUCAGACAUGUGUCAAUGUUAUACAUGUUUUUAUCGUAUGCACCUUAAUAGCUUUGUGUAGGGAUGGGAGUCACUUAAUACCUCACUACAUUAUUGCUAUUUUGGCAAAUGUGUUUGUGGCGUUAUUUAAUUGUAUUGCAUUACUGUGGAAAUGAUUAUUUUAUAAACUUUCUUUCCCUCUUUCUUCUACGUUGUGAAGAUAACAGCUCAAGUGUAACUUUCAGUUUAACACAAUACAUUUCUGGAGCACAACAACAAACUGUUGUUGCUGAGAUGACUGAAAUGUUAAUCAACACCUAAGACAAUCACCUGUGCACAGCAGUUUGAUAUUGAUGUUCUGUGGUGAAUUUAUGUUGCAAGGAUAUUGUGAUAUUUUUUUAAUAGCGUUCCCUGUUUUUUUUUAAAUAGCUAAUAUAACUCUUGCAAUCAAGAAGCAAAUGUGAAUAUGACUAUGAGGAUCUUUUAAUUUCUCUCCCAUUCUCUUAAUGUUUAAUGUUUGCUUUCAACUAAUUUUCUAUUAUCUAUAUCAUGCUGUUACUAGCUGACUGACUAGCACAGUAACAAGGGGGAAGGGUGCUGACUCACCAUGUUAGACGGUGGCCACUUUGUGGAGGCGCUGGGUCGUCUAGGUUAUCCUGAUGCAUCGUUGUUGAAGGCCUCAGAGUUCGACUGGCUGUUUGACUGUGCACCAGAGAAUCUUCACUUCUUGCGCUUUGUUUGUCGGUCCCUAAACCGGAACAAUGUUCUCACCGCGGAGGAGGCAAAGGCUUAUCAAGAACUACUGAAAUCUGGCAAACCUAUUUUGGAUGAAUCUGCACUUGGUGAGGUCCUUAAAACCAUUGGCUCUUCAGAUGGAGACAGUGGGCCUUCAUCCUCUGGAUUUGCGGCAGAAGGUGAUGUGGCCAUAGAGGAUUUGGAGGCAGAGCUCCACGCACUGCGCAAAGAGAGAGACCUGAAGCAGCGACGCUACAAGAGAUUACAGGUUGUGGCCACUUCACGUGCAGAUGUUGACCUACGACUCACUGCAGAGUUGGAGAAUGCUGCUUGUAAACUAAAGGAUGCCAGUACUUCUGUCGCAGCUGAGAAUGCAGACACCAACUCUUUGUUACAAAACCUAACAGAGGAGGUUAGGAAACUUGCUUUAUAUGUUCCUGCUCAACCAGAAACCAUGCAAAAUGAAACAGGAGAACCUCUGGCCCCAUCAAAACCCUCCAUUUCCAAAAGGCCCGGUGUACUCCUCUCUCAGCUGUCCUUAGAUCCCUAUUUGCAUCAGGAGGAGCUCAACACCAAAACACUAGCCACCUUCACACGGAAGCAUUUCUUCCAGGGCAUCGCUGACAUCGUCGAGACUUCCUGCUCUGAGCGAUUUCAGGUUCUCGACCUCAGUUCCUGUGAAGAUGGAAAGGAGGAGGACCUGAAGGAAGAGCACAAAGGAAAAGAGAGGGAGAAGUGGUUGGUGGAGCGAAGGAGGACAGAGAUGGCCAGACUUCAGUGGUCCCAUAUUGUGACACAACACCAACUGAUGCUAGCUCUGGCAGAGGAGAAGAGUGUCAAGGCUGGCCUGGACUGGCUCUCAGAGCACUCGUCUCAUACCAAGAGCAUUUCCACGUCGUCUUCACUGCAUGUACGUGAAGUUGUGUCCAGGAAGGAGCUGCAGGAUGUGGAGGCUGAGCUGGAGGCUCUGCUUCAUGGACCUCUACCUGCUGCACUCAGAGAGUCAGCAAGGCUUCUUAAUGUGCCAGUGGUGAGGGGAGAUCUGGAUUUGCAACUGGCCAGGCAAGACUACUAUACCUCGAGACAGCACCAGGUUCGUGACUACCUACUCCGUCAGAAGGCCUCCUUUGACCUGGUCCUUCUGGCUCAGGAGAUGGAGCUGAGGCGUUGGAGAAUGUGUCUGAAACAGCUGGGAGAAGUAAACAGCAGAAUGGUAAAGGAAGGUGAAGAAGCAAGUCUCAGAAUUGAGUCACUGGCACACCCUGAACUAGCUAUCAAUCCCAGGCCAAACCCUAUCAUCAGCUGCAAAGAUGCAGCCUUCAGCAGACUGCUUCAGAUCCUGGACAGUGUUUCAGAUCAUGGCCGAUCUGAGCCUUUUCGGACAUAUGAAGCACUGGACCAGGCUGCUUGUGAGCUAGCAGGAAACCUCCAGGUGACAAGAGAUGCCCUAGCUGGUGCUGGCCGUGAACAGCACUACACCGCUGCUCGUCUCUAUGGUGACUGUGAGGCGCUUCACAGAGCCAUGUACACAGAGCUCCAGCAGCUGGUCUUAGGGCCACAGGUAUGUCCAACGGCCAUCACUGAUCAGGAGCUGCUCUGUCCUAAUGCACAGGAGCUGACGGUGAAGCUUGUGGAAGCAGAGUCUCAGCUGCAGAGUUUGCAGAAAGUAAUGCAAGAAAUCAUGGGGGAAGUUAAAACCAAACGUUCUCAGCUUGAGCGCAACACCCUUCUGAGGCGGGAGAGACAAUUAUACAUCUAUUUUCACUUGGAUGCCCUACUUCUGCAGAAAAUCGUGGAAGAUCUCGAGGGCAAGAUGGCAGCCAAGAGAGGGCAGCAGUAGUAAAACAUACCAGGAUAAUGGCAGCCAGGACAGACUCAAUGUGUAACUUUUUUGCUGAAGGAGUAAACCUGUGUAAUUUAAGUAUGACAAGAUUUGAGAAGAGUACUGUGCCUUCAGUAGAAGAGAUUUACUGACUCAGCCCUCUGUGAACGAUCACUUGGUUUAUGCGGGAGACGGAGAUCAAUUCCUUAAGUACUUACUGACUCAACUUGUGGGAAAUGUUUUGUUCUGUGAGAGCAGUAUGGUCUGUAAAAUGAUUGGAAAGCAAAACCUUACUGUUAUUUUUGUUUUAAGUCAUCUGGUAAAUAAAGUACAAUGUUAAUAUA